AUGGGCGCCGGCGACGUGCUCUCGCACCUGCUGCCGCUCGUCGUGGAGUACCAAGACGGCGUCCGCUACGACUUUCUGCCGUACGUUCGCCCGUACUUGGCGGCUCGGCGCCGCUGGCGCGGGCUUGUGGCACAGCACGGCCGCCGCGCGCACGCAGCGAUGGCGUCGGAGUGCACGUGCGAGCACACACCGAGCAGCCUCUGCCUCUCGACGCUCAGCGGCCCUGCCGUGUGCGUGGCACACGAAAUCGCGUACCACGUGCAUCUUGCGAUCCGAGAAAACAACGUUCCGGCGCUGACCGGCUGGCUGCGCUACGCGCCAGACGCAGCGACGCCGCUCGCCAUCACGUGCGCAGCGCGCUACGGUGCCAUCGACUGCCUUCAGCGGCUCGUGGCGUCAGUGCCAAGCGAUGCGCUGCCGAUGCGAGCGCUCGAGUACGCCGUCGAGCUCGGGCACGACGCGAUCUUUGCCGCCUUGUACCCUCGGUUCACACCGGCGCGUCUGGUCCACGACGGCGACACGAACCUCCUGGACUUGGCUGCCAGCGUCGGCCAUCUCCGCAUCGUUCAAGCGCUCCACACGGCGGCAUACCCUUGCGGCGCCACCGUCCUGGCCAUGGAUGCGGCGAGUUCGAACGGCCAUGAAGAGGUCGUCCGCUACUUGCAUCAGCACCGUAGCGAAGGCGCGUCGGUGGCUGCGCUCGACGGUGCCGCCGCCGCUGGGCACUUGGCCAUUGUCGCCUUUCUACACGCAACGCAGCAGGAGGCGACAGCCCGUGCGCUCGAAAUGGCAGCAGCCAACGGCCACCUCGCCGUCGUCGAGUACCUCUGCACGCAUCGGCGCGAGGGGUGCCGGGCGUAUGCGAUCGACGACGCAGCCAAGAACGGCCAUUUAAAGGUCGUCCAAUACCUCCACGCACGCGGCUUUGCCGCUACAUUUCGCGCCAUGAACAACGCGGCGCUCAACGGGCACUUGGCCAUUUUGACGUUUCUGCAUGACGCGCGCAAUGAAGGCUGCACGGUUUUCGCGAUGGACUGGGCGGCGUCCAAAGGCUACUUGGACGUUGUGCGCUUCUUGGAUACGUACCGCGACGAAGGGUGCACGACGCGCGCAAUGAACGGCGCCGCCAAGGCCGGCCAUUUGGCCGUGGUCGCGCACCUGCAUCACCACCGAACCGAGGGCUGUACAACCGACGCGAUCGACUGCGCCGCGGCCAACGGACACGCCGAUGUGGUCGAGUUUCUGGUGACGCACCGCAGCGAAGGGUUCACGCCCCGCGCACUGUACGCGGCCGCCGAGAAAGCGGACGUUGGCCUAUUUGAGCGCCUCCGCAGUGCGUACCCCGGGCUCCGCCGGGGCGCGCGCGCGGCCUUUUGCCAGGCCGAGGCUGCCCUCGUCGCCUAA